UUUCGUCUUUCUGUUGACGCUGCAGCAGCUGUGAGAAUAUGUGAUUUAAUAUGUUUUGUUCACGCCAACAAUGGCUGGUCAAAACAUUUUGAGAAAAUUUAUGGACACCUAAGAAGGAUGACCCUCGACUUCGAGUUUCUUCCCAAGAGGGACCGAUUUAGGCUAGAACAGUUCCUUAUGUAUUGGGAGAGAAGUAAGGUAUUCAGAACGUGAUGAAAACGAACAUAUUUUCCCGCCCGAACUCGGCUGAUGAAGCUGUGAUUCUUAUGGUAUUGUUAUGGACAACAAUGAUUCCACUUGUGGCCGAAGGUUGCUUCGAGUGCAAACAUAAGCAGGUUCGAAGGAAGAUAAAUAACUAUCCGAGGACGGAAGAAACACAAAGUACCAGAGAAACCGUAAGUGAACUGGAUGUAUUGCUGCAGAAAAUAGAUGAAGUAGCCAAACCAUCCUUCUGUGAGAGGGAAAUGUUCUAUCGCCAUUUUUCAUUGACGAUGCCGACGGAAUUGUUUGAUAUUGUCCGACAGAAGGUGGACUUAGUUGCGAAAAUUUUGGUGGGAUAUUAUCCAGAAGAAGAUGAAGGGAUACUUAAAACUUUCGUGACGGAGCUUUUUCAAUCUGACGAUGUGAUUUUUGCUACACGAAUUGUGUGGAUUGGGAACGGUACGAUAUGGAAACCUUUUUACUACGUUCAGAUCAGAAGAAUUUAUAACACUAGUGAAGUUACUCCAAAGGUGGAAGAGCGUCAUGAUUAUUCGAUGAUGGAAGACAGUCCUUGGUUGGACGAAAUAAUAACCACCGUUCAAGGGGGAAUAAAAAGCGAGCACCAGAUGAAUGGGGACAACGAUUACGUAUUAGGGAAUUGGACUAAACCGUAUUUUACGUGCGAGGGGAGAAGGUGGUUGCUAUCCUAUACGAUAUUACUGUACUCGAGACCAAAGAAAACUAUUAAAAGCUUGAUCGGAGUUCUGGGUGUUGAUGUCGACGUCACAAAAAUGGACGUGAACCAGUGCGAUGACCCUUGGCCACUAAAUAACUUCAGUGUCACCUAUUGGCAGAUGAAAUCAUUUUUAGGAACUCACAAAUGUCAUAACAAAAGUAGCGAGUUUCAUGGAAUUGUACGAUACUUUGACAAAGCUUUCAAAGGCCAAGAAAUAUUAGAACAAGCUUUGAAACAUCUAUUUUGA